GAACAUAUAUCAUUAAUAAAUAAGUAGGAAAGUAUAGAUAAUACAACCACUCAACCUAAAGUCUGGCUGACAAGUGAUAAGAGCCAGAUCCUUGCAGCCAGACAGAACUGACAUAAAGCUGAAUAUCACAACGCUUGGAGCCGUAACGAUCAAGAAAUAAUUCACCAACUCAAAACAGACAACACCCGGAUCUUAUGAACUGACAUAAAGUUGAAUAUCACAACGCUUCUGGAGUUGGAACGAGCUAACAAGCGUUUAGUUGAAGCCUCCUGCGUAGGACACAUAGCAGUGACAUGCCCAUAGCAGCGCUCAUUGGAAGUCCACUGAUGUAAAGAGACCAUAAACUCUGCACGAAACGAAGCAAUUGGUCUCCACGGAGCAAGUAGAGUAGGUGUCAACCGAAAUGCACCUAGAAGUACUCCCAGAACACGCCCUGUACGGCCACCUGCUCUGGCAUCGGAGCUGACCUAAUCCAUUUCCACUUCAGGCAGCUCACCAUGUAUAUAUGUGCGGGGGAGAUAGGGCUGUAUUAUUCAAACCAGCUGAGCAAUCAGGUCCCAUAAGGGUGAGAUCUUUAGAACGUUCACAAUGAAGGGCUCCAGUGAGCAUGGUGAGACAUCCAAGGCGCCCCUGAGCAGGGGCGUCAGCAAAGGACUGUCUGUGCUAGAUCUCAUACUUCGCUUCAUUGCCAUCAUCGGCACUCUUGCUAGCGCCAUUGCAAUGGGCACCACCAACGAGACACUGCCUUUCUUCACACAGUUCAUCCGGUUCAAGGCACAGUACAGUGAUCUCCCUACUCUCACGUUCUUCGUCAUUGCAAAUUCUAUUGUCUGUGCCUAUCUCAUCCUCUCACUUCCAUUAUCAAUAGUGCACAUCAUUAGGAGCAGGGCCAAAUUCAGCAGGCUGCUCUUGAUCUUUCUUGACGCGGCAAUGCUAGCACUGGUGACUGCGGGAGCAUCUGCAGCAGCGGCCAUUGUGUACUUAGCACACAAGGGCAAUGUCAGGGCAAACUGGCUUGCUAUUUGCCAGCAGUUUGACUCAUUCUGCGAGCGUAUCUCUGGAUCCCUCAUUGGUUCAUUCGGAGCCAUGGUUCUGCUGAUCCUGCUGAUAUUACUCUCCGCCAUUGCCCUCGCGAGGCGCUAGACCAAAUCAUGCAUCAUUUGCUUCCAGCAGUGUGAAGUAUAUGAUAUAAUAGUGUGGUCAUCGGGCUUGCUAUCUUUAUAUAGCCAUCCAUGUGCCUAUUACCUCUUGCUAUGAUCCUCCUAUCCUAUCUCAAAUGUUGCCUUAAGCCCUUAAUUCUGUACCUCCUAUUUUAUCUUGACGGUUGACGGUGUGUACCAUCAUAUAUAGAAGCUACUGAAAAUGAAUAUGCAUGCACUGUUAUGGAUGAAUCACAAUAGUUUCUGAAAGAGUUGGUAAAAAUA